AUUUCCCCAGUCACGUACUACAAACAACUUAAAACGAACGAAGCAUUAAAAAUCACAAUGUUUCAAAUGUAUCGCAUUUUCUCUUGAACUCUCUUUUCCGCCAUCAUCGAAACCGAAAGUAGCCUUGUAUAAAGGAAGUUAUGUCAGUCGGGACAAUCAGAGCUCAGCAGGAUGUUUGAGUGGUCGGAGUUUUUAGUGCUCUUUGUGUUAAUUAGUUACUAAAACAUGUGACUUUAUUUUCGCGAAAGCAAGAAGAAGGAAUCGUGCGCGUCACAAGGCGAUUUUCAGCUAAUUUACCUGGGAAACGUUUUAAAGAGAAACAGCAUGGGGUGCUCCUCAAUCAUCAGGUGUUUCUUCGACUAUUCCACUCCUAAAUUCUUAGUGAUCCAGAGUAAGAAAGUGGGAGCUAUUAACCGCCUGUGCCAGGCUCUGGUUAUAGCAUAUAUCGUAGGAUAUGUGUGUAUUCUGAAGAAAGGCUACCAGGACACUGACUCCGUCAUCAGCUCAGUCACGAUCAAGGUGAAAGGUCUAGCGCUGACCAACACGACGGACUUGGGCCUGCGGGUUUGGGACGAGGCCGACUACAUUGUUCCCCCUCAGGAGGAGAACUCAUUCUUUGUGUUGACAAACCUGAACAUCACACCAAACCAGACACAGUCCCAAUGUGCUGAGAAUCCUGGACCUGAGACGUCAUGCGUCUCGGAUCGAGACUGUAAGAGAGGAUUUCAUGACAGCCGCCGAAAUGGUGUGCAGACAGGCAGGUGUGUGAACUUUUCAGAGUCAGAGAAGACGUGUGAGGUGUUCGCCUGGUGUCCUCUGGAGAAAAACAACAACCCUCCGAAACCUCCAAUGCUAGCGGACGCAGAAAACUUCACCGUCCUUAUAAAGAACAACAUCCGAUACCCCAAAUUCAAUUUCAACAAGCGAAACAUACUGCCCCAUGUAAACAGCACCUACUUGUCGCAGUGUGUGUUUAACCGUAAAACGGAUCCAGACUGCCCAAUCUUUAGACUCGGAGACAUCGUGUCGGAAGCCAAUGAGGAUUUCCAGAACAUGGCAGUUCAGGGGGGAGUGAUGGGAGUGCACAUCCGCUGGGACUGUGAUCUGGACUUGUCUGAGAAGUCGUGUGUGCCUCAAUAUGCAUUCCGCAGAUUAGAUAAUAAGGAUCCCGACAGCGUUGCCCCGGGAUACAACUUCAGGUUUUCAAAAUAUUUCAAAAACGCAGACGAUCAGGAGACCAGGACGUUAAUCAAAGGCUACGGCAUCCGCUUCGAUGUUAUGGUCUUCGGGACUGCAGGGAAAUUCAACAUCAUCCCAACGUUGCUCAACAUCGGGGCUGGCUUGGCACUACUUGGCCUGGUGAAUGUGGUGUGUGACUGGAUUACUCUGACUUGCAUGCAAAAAAGACACUUUUACAGAGAACAGAAAUACACAUAUGUCAAUGACUAUGAGAUGUUGUCCAGUGACGUCCCGUAGAAGCUCUGCUCUCUGAACAUGAAGAUUUGCUGGAUGCUCAUUGAAUCGUGUUAAUAUAAGUACUUUGAUUACCGUGUAAAACAUUUUUGACACUUUCCUGCACCAAUUAAAUUGACUGCGAACAAGCUCACUCAGUUAACUGUCAAGUUUUUGUAAUUCAUGUUGAUCAAUUGAGUGAAUCUUUAAUAAAAAAGUGUAUUUAUAUACUGUAUAUUUCA